AUGAACUGGACAACUAACCUGAACCUUGGGGCGGUGCACACCUCCGGGCACUUUGAAGAAAAGCCAAGAAAUGGGCUCUCUAGGACAGGUCACACGGUGGUGGCCGUGUUCCUGGGAAUCAUCCUGGUGUUUGGCUUCCUGAACAAUCUCAUCGUGCUCAUUCUCUUCUGCAAGUUCAAGGCCCUCCGCAACCCCGUGAACAUGAUCCUGCUGAACAUCAGCGCCAGUGACCUGCUAGUCUGUGUCUCAGGGACCACCCUCAGUUUUGCGUCCAACAUCUCUGGCCGGUGGAUCGGAGGGGACCCUGGCUGCAGGUGGUAUGGCUUCGUCAAUUCCUGCCUAGGCAUCGUGUCUCUGAUCUCCCUGGCUGUGUUGUCCUACGAACGUUACAGAACCCUCACGCUCCACCCCAAGCAGAGCACAGACUAUCAGAAAGCCGUGCUGGCGGUGGGUGCCUCUUGGAUUUACUCUCUGAUUUGGACCAUCCCUCCUCUCCUCGGCUGGAGCAGUUAUGGCACGGAGGGAGCCGGGACCAGCUGUUCCGUGCAUUGGUCCUCCAAGUCCCCAGUGUCUGUGUCGUAUAUCGUGUGUCUCUUCAUCUUCUGCCUGGUCAUCCCAGUGCUGGUUAUGAUCUACUGCUAUGGGAGACUCCUCUACGCUGUCAAACAGCUCCUUCCUGAUCUCCUCCUGGUGGUGGUGUCUGCUGAAGCUGCCAUCACUCCCUCACCCUUCCAGGAAAAAGUCCAGGCUGCCCUGGUUGAAGCCGUUUCUGUCGUUAUGUGUUCGGGGAUCACCCCGGCUGCCUGUGUUUUCCAGUGGCCCAGUUUCAUUCCAGCACCAUAA